AUUAAUUCCCUAGUACAUCAGUUGACCAUCCCUCACUUGUGGUUGAUGCAAUCAGAUUCCUGUCUAAAUAUAGGCCAAGGCCAAUUCAGUCAGAUGGUGAAUUCCAUGUAAAACUCGUGGUGGAUUAGACAUCAUUAUUGCACAAACUUUUUGUGGACUCAUGGAAAGCAUCCUCUGCUAAAAUGAAGUCCACCCAUGAGAGGCCUUGACUUAAAAUGUUCCCUCAAGUCAUCAUAUUGAUCUUCCCUUUUUCACUAUUCAAAGACUGGUGAUAACUAGUCUUCUCGAGAGGUGAUUAAGAAGAGCUCUCUCCGUCCAUCUCUCCUUCCCAAACGCCACACUGACACAGAAUGAACAGAUGGCUUUGGUAUGGAAAGAGCAGCAACUCAGUGUUGUCAUAUGUUAUGGUUCCUCUACUCCUAAUUCUAGCGAAAGAUAUCUUACUGACUCCUGCAGAUGGCAAAAACAAUGUUCACAUUAUUUAUAUGGGAAAAAGGCAGCAUAAUGAUCCAGAGAUCAUCACUAGUACCCAUCAUGAAAUGCUCGCUACAGUCCUCGGAAGCAAAGAAGCAUCUGCAGAAUCCAUGAUCUACAGUUACAAACAUGGCUUCUCUGGCUUUGCAGCCAGGUUAACACAAUCUCAAGCGCAAAAGAUUUCAGAGUUACCUGGUGUGGUUCAAGUCAUACCGAAUCGUCUCUACAAGUUGCAAACAACCAGAAGCUGGGACUACCUUGGCCUCUCUUCACAUUCUCCAGCCAAUCUUCUGCAUGAAACUAAAAUGGGAGAUGGUGUCAUCAUUGGUCUAUUUGAUACAGGGAUAUGGCCAGAAUCUGAAGUUUUCAGUGAUGAAGGCCUUGGGCCAAUCCCCUCUAGAUGGAAGGGUUUUUGCGAGUCAGGAGAGCUUUUUGAUGCAGCAAAGUCUUGCAACAGGAAGCUAAUAGGAGCUCGUUAUUUCAUCAAAGGAAUACAAGCUGAGUAUGGAAAGCCAUUCAACACUACUAACCAGGAAUACUUGUCCUCCAGAGAUUGGAUAGGACAUGGCACACACACAUCUGCCACUGCAGGAGGCUCCUUUGUCACCAAUGUGAGCUACAAUGGACUUGGUCUUGGAACUGUAAGGGGUGGUGCGCCCCGAGCUAGGUUGGCUAUGUAUAAAGUGUGCUGGGAUUUGAAUGGAGGUGUAUGUGCAGAUGCUGAUAUGCUGAAGGCCUUUGACGAAGCCAUACACGAUGGGGUAGAUGUUUUAUCACUAUCAAUUGCCCAAGAGUUACCCUUGUUCUCCGAUGUUGAUAAGCAUGCAGGGAUCUCUUUUGGCUCCUUUCAUGCUGUUACAGAAGGAAUUACUGUCAUUUGUGCAGCAGGGAAUUCAGGCCCGAGAGAGCAAACAAUACAGAAUGCAGCACCUUGGGUCAUAACUGUUGCAGCUAGCACCAUUGAUCGGUCAUUUCCUACACCCAUCAUGCUUGGAAACAACCAAACCUUAAUUGGUCAAGCCAUGUUUACAGGAAAUGAGACUGGCUUUGUCAGCUUGGUGUACCCAGAGGUCUCAGAUCUCGUAUCUCCUCGUUAUUGUGAAUCCUUGUCACCGAAUGACACUUCGUUGGCUGGAAAAGUGGUGCUCUGCUUCACUUUAGAUGCCACUCAGACUGCAGCACCAUACACUGCAUCUGCUGUCGAAGAUGCUGGUGGGUUGGGGGUAAUUGUUGCUAAGAAUCCCAGUAAUGACCUGUAUCCUUGCACCAGUAACUUCCCAUGUAUUAAAGUAAGCUAUGAAAUCGGAACUCAGAUACUCUAUUACAUCCGUUCUACCAGGUAUCCCCAGGUAAGGCUGAGCCCUUCCAGAACAUAUGUUGGUGAACCUGUGUCAACCAACGUGGCGUACUUCUCAUCUCGAGGACCAAAUUCUGUUGCCUCGGCAGUACUUAAGCCAGACAUAGCAGCCCCAGGAGCAAAGAUACUAGCAGCAGUUCCUCUUUUUGAUUCAACAAUGAAAAGUACAUAUGCUUUUAGAUCGGGAACAUCCAUGGCAACCCCUCAUGUGUCGGGCAUUGUUGCCCUUCUCAAAUCCUUGCACUCAAAUUGGUCCCCCGCUGCUAUCAAGUCUGCAAUUGUCACAACAGCAUGGACAACGUAUCCUUCCGGGGAACCAAUUUUUGCGGAGGGAGAGCCAACUAAGCUUGCUGAUCCAUUUGAUUUCGGAGGUGGAAUCGUGAAUCCUAAUAGAGCACGUGAUCCUGGUCUUGUGUAUGACAUGGGUAUAUUGGAUUAUGUUCAUUAUCUCUGUGCCAUGGGUUAUAGUAACACUGUCAUCACUCAGCUCACGGAAAAACCCACACUCUGCCCUAGCAGAAAGCCCUCUUUUCUAGACGUAAACUUUCCUUCUAUUACCAUACCGAGCCUCAGAAGCUCCACUAAUCUAACUAGAACCGUCACCAACGUUGGAGCUUUUUGUUCAAAAUACAAAGCCCUUGUCAAGCCACCAGAGGGAAUAAACAUCGCUGUAAAACCAGAUCAAUUGAUCUUUACCCCUAAGAUCAAGACGGUCUCCUUCACUGUCACUAUUUCUACCACUCACAAGGUCAGCACAGGAUACCUUUUCGGCAGCUUGACUUGGACUGAUGGGGUGCAUGCAGUGAGAAGCCCCAUAUCUGUGAGAACUGGAUUAUAAGUCCUAUAUAUCAGUAGCUAAACAUCAACAAUUUCUGUGGUAAGCUGUUCAAUUUCUUGAGCUCAUUCUGGGAAUAUGUAUCAUAGAGGCAAAUGAAAUAUUUUAUCCUUGGUACUCCAUAUUACUGUGUAAUUUAUUAACAGCCUUAUAAAUUUGAAUAAUAUUUUUACAUGAUUUCCCAUCAUGAAUUU